AUGGUAGAGGUUUCUAAGGUUUGCGAAACAGACGGUAGAGAUGCAGUUUUAUGGAAGAGUAAGGAUGGUAAUUAUGGUCCCAAGUUUGUUGCUUCUGAAACCUGGCACCAGAUUCGACAGUCUAAGGAGAAGGUGAAUUGGAGUAAGUUGGUCUGGUUCUCGCAAGGGAUUCCUCGAUAUGCUUUCAUCACCUGGCUAGCCAUCCGCGAUAGGCUUUCCACAGGUCGACGUACAAGCAGUUGGGGGCAGCCGCAGAGCUGCAUAUUUUGUAUGGAACCAGAUGAGACUAGAGAUCACAUAUAUUUCGCUUGCCCCUAUACGUUCAUGGUUUGGUUGAAAGUAACAUGGAAUCUUUUUGGCUUGGAACCUGAUCCUGAUUGGGACAUAACGAUGACGCGUCUGCGCAGUAGUUCGUACGAUCGACUCACUUUUAUCCUUCUUAGACUGGUUUUCCAAGUGUCUGUUUACCUAAUCUGGCGUGAGCGUAAUGAAAGAAAGCACAACACCAGCUACAAGUCUGUGGAUCAGCUAGCUAAGGUGAUCGACAAAACCGUAAGGAAUCGUAUCACUUCCCUCAAGUAUGCCUGCAACCCGCGAUUGCGGGGCUUGAUGAUUCGAUGGUUUGAAGCACACGACAUUACAACUUAG